GCAUUCCACCUGUCGACCACCUGUCUCUGUGCCAUCUGCCCCCAAACCCGCCCUCGCCGAUGGCGACAUGGCACCUAGCGCUCGCGAUCUCGGUGGGCCUGGCGCCAUCCGUCCGAAGUCUUUGCCUCCGUGAUGGCCUCGCGGAGUCGAAGCGUUUGUACCUCAAGGACUCGGCAGGGGAGGAGAACCCGAUCUCUUUGAUCCAGUAUGACUGGGCCUCCGCAGAUGCGGCGACCAUGCUCGCAGAGAUUUUGAUCCCAGAAGUGUUGGGAUACCACGUCGUGAAGGAUACUCAGGCCACGGUGAGCAUUUUUGAAGGCGUUCUAAAGCUCGCUGGCUGUAGCAGUGCGAACUGUUCGGUCACCAUGCGCCCGCAACACGUGGCGUUGGAGACCUGGCUAGCGGAAGCCAUCACACUCUUUCAGGAGUUUGAGGAGAACCAUGCGGCUCGAGCGCCGGAAGAUCUUGGCUCGAUGGGAUACAACGGUGAUCACUACCUCUUUGUGAAAGGAUCCAUCCGGGACCAGGCCUACUCCGAUGCCGGCCUUGCGCUCGACUUCUACAAGAGCUACAACACCACCUUUCACUUCCCCCAGAAGUACUUCGACAGGCUCGAAAGCUUUGAUCGGAGACAUUUCUUUCGAUGCGACCUCGAGGGCCUAGAGUUUCGGAAUGCUUUGAGGAUGAGGGAUUAUGUCCGUUGGACUGGAGAUUUGGAUGGCGUCAUCGAGCUUGGCCCUGGGCAAUAUGUCGCUCGAUGCGCGGACGACUAUUUUUGGCUGUCGCCCUCUUGUCGGCAAAACAGCUCCACGUGCAUCCCACUGCUGGCGGCGGGGAAUGGUUGGAUCGUCGAUGCCAUGAUGCAGUGGUCCGCGGCCUAUGGUUUCCCUGUGGCCAUUGGCAUCGCAAAGGACUGGGGCACCUUUGUGGCGACUGUGUGGUCGACCAAGGCGCUCUUCUACUGGUGGAUGCCCGAUGCGACCUUCCUGCCAUUGGAUCCCUCGUACAUUGUGCUUCCACCUCACAGCCCUUCCGAGUGGGCACAGGGGAACCUUCGCACUGCGGGGAACCAGAACUACAUCACCAAACUGGUGAGCCCCAUCUUGCGCACCGCUGCACCCUCGGUGCGGCAGUUCCUGCAAAAUUUCAAGUUGGAGUUGGGCGAUAUGACGCAGCUGCUGUCAGAGGCGGCCAACGGCAGGUCGAUGUAUGACGUAGCCUGUGAGUGGGUCCUGGCCAACCGCGAGCGGUGGGCCAAAUGGGUCCCGGUGGACACCAACUGCAUCGCAGGCUUCGGUCUGGCGGACGCGCGGAACGAGCACGUGGCCCUGCGGGCAGUGGCCACCGGCUGUGCGCUGUGUGGCCCGGGGAUGUUCUCGGAGGCGCUGGUGGAUGACUUCGGCGAAACCUAUCGCUGUGUCCCAUGUCCUGCAGGAAGUCAUCAAGAUUCCUCGGGCCAGGCCUCCUGUGCCCUUUGCGAGCCCGGGACGGUGGCCUUGUUCGCUGGUGCGGUGACCUGUGCGAAAUGCGACCUGGGAAGCUAUGCGAAUUCGAGUGGCAUGACCGCUUGUGAUCAGUGUGGCAAUGACACCAUGUGGACCACGAGUCGCUCCUUGCUUGUCAGAGGUCAGAGCACCUGGCUUCAACUGGAAGGCGCCACAUCUGAAAACGACUGCCAUUGUGCAGAGGGAUACUUCUUGCACCGCAACCAGUGCAAAGUUUGCAUCGAAGGCUCGCGCUGUGCGGGCUCGAACGCGUUGGAGCUCCUGCCGGGCUUUUUUGCUUAUCAGGAGGAGCCCGGCAUGGUCUACAAAUGCUUCGGACAACCGGAGCGCUGCCCCGGUGGCCCGCCGGGCAUCUGUGCAGCUGGUCGGGACCCAACGAGCAUUGGGUGUAGCCAGUGCUUGGACCAGCUGCAGCCCAAGGGUGGCGAGUGCCAAGCUUGUACCGGUGGAGAUUACCUUUUGCUCGUGGUUUUUGGCAGUAUGGUGAUCAUCAGCACCGGUGGUUUGCAUGUUCUGCUGGUGAUCUCGGAUCAAUCCAACGGCAACCAGCGCAGCGCGCUCUUUACGGCCGCGUUGAGCAUUGGCCAAUUGGUGACUUGUGCUCAGCUCUUUGGGAUCAUGCAGCAGUUGCAGAUCAACUGGGCUGAACCUUUCCAAGUGUUGUUGGACAUCUUCGACGUCAUCUCCCUGGAUGCGCUCCUGAGCUCCAUCAACGUGCUGGGCUGCGUCACCCGCGUCACGCCCGAGCUCGAGUACCUGAUCCGAUCCUUACUGCUGCCCUUCUUCUUCCUCGUGGGUCCCAUUUUGGCUCACGUCAACGUGGUCUACAUCAUGUGGAAGGCAGGUCGAGGUAGGGAUCUCAAACUCUCUUUGCUUUGGAAGACCUUGGGCCUAUUCUCAUUGAUCUUCUUCAUCACCUUAUGCUCCUCCUUCUUGAAGCCUUUCCGCUGCAACCUGCAUCCGAAUGGCUUGAGAACCCUGCAAGACUCGCACAGCGUGCUUUGCGACUUCUCUGGAUCUCACCUCAGCUUAUGCCUCAUCGGCGGUGUGGUUUGCCUGCUGCCGCUGAGCUAUUUGGCCAUCAGCAUUUGGGUCAUCCUUAUCGAGCUCCCCAAGCGCAUGGUGGCUGCGGACGUCCAUUUUGUCCGUGCCUGCUCCUUCCUGGUGAUGCGCUUCAACCCCGGGCAGGAGAUUUUCACGGUGCUCUUCCUGCUGCGGAACGUGCUCAUUGUGAUGGCGCCCUUGUUGCCUUCCGCCUCUGGAAGUCUUUUUCUCAUGGCCUUCUUGCUGGUGGUGAGCUUCGGGAGCGUCGCCUACUGCAAGCCCUGGCGAUCGGUGCUAGGCACCCAGGUGGAUAUGGUGGUGCAUAUGGCUUUGCUGUUGAUCUUGCAGAUGGGCGCGCUUGCCGUGACGGAUGUGCAGGAGCAGGUGACAAUGAUCAUUUGCACAGCUUGUGCCGCCUGCAUGAUUGUGACCAUCAUCUGGGCGGCGGCCCAGUCGGCUGCACGCCACAUCCUGUCCAAACUUCACAAGAGAUUUCACUUCUUCCUUUGCCACCACAAGGCCUCCACAGCCUCUUGGGCCCGGCUCCUGAAGAUGGAGUUGCUCCACCGGGGCCCGUCCUUCACGGCCUUUUUGGACUCGGACAAUCUCACGGACCUCACUCAGCUCUUCGCCUACGUGAGCCACGACGUGAAGACCCUGGUCGUGUUGGGCUCCAGCCGGAUCUUGACACGGAAGUGGUGCAUGGGGGAGAUGGUGGUGGCAAGGCUGGAGAAAGUGGACACAGUGCUGUUGAGCUUCCCAGGCUUUGAGCUUCCAGAUGAGCAGUUCAUCCAACGUUAUCAGAAACUCAUCCCGGACAUUGGUGACUUUGCCAGCUAUGGCUUUGGCAUGUUGGAGGUGAAAGACACCCUGCACUGGUUGAGCACCGUCAAGACCCUUCCAGUCAGCCAGGACUUCUCUUGGGAUGGUUUGAACUACAUCAUCAACCAGUUGACCAACACCUAUGUGAAGCUUCCAGUGAGCUCGGAGAAGACGGACUGCUAUAUCUUGGCUGAUCCGGUCAACAUGGAGGCCAUCUCUACGGGAUACAUUUUGGCGAAGCUGAUCACGCCGAUGAUCAUGGGCUCAAGGGAAUCGCUGCCGGUGGUGCUCUCCUCCUCCUCUCACCACCUCCCCCAUGCAGGCCAUGGCCAAGACAAGAUGCAUGUGAUCUUGGUCUGCACCGGUGGAUGUUUGUCAUCACCGCAGCUGGCGCAGUGGAUCAUGCAGGCGAUGAUGAGCUCCCAGGUGCGUUUCAUGGCGAACUGCUUCGUGGCGCCGGUGAUCUCAGACGACUACUUCCAGAUCCCUUCGCCGCUCAACAUCCGCCAGCUGAUCGGCCAGCCCAGCCUGCAACACUUGGACCGCUCCGCCUACGCCCACGUGUUGAACGCGAUCUUCUUGGAGAUUGCUCUGCCCUUCAUGCCUGGGUCCGCGUCCGCGGAUGAUUUGACCGUGCGUGCCACGCAGAUUAUGAGCCGUUUGGAGCCGGGUGCGUCGACGACCUUGAGCUCAAGAUUGGUGAUGGUGCAAGCCGAGAUGGGUGAAGGCCUUUGGAGUGGAAUCGAAAGCUCCGAGGAGCCCGACGAGGACUCGGUCAGCAACAACGCGCGUGGCAGCUGGACCCUCACGCCCGGCCGCUACCCCUCGGAGAUUGUGGACACGGAGCCCGCCCAGCUGCAGGAGUAUUUGAACAUGUUGAAUUCAGAGACUGUGAGUCGAGCUUUCUGAGAGCGAGCAAGAAGCUAAGUCCUUCCGACUCGGACUCAGAUACCUCGAAGAUCGCACUGUACCUUGAAGAUCGCAGUGGAG